CUUUUUUUUUUUUUUCUGGCCAGCGUCUAUAAGCGACGCACGCAUACACACCACAUACAAAUACACACACAUACACGCACGCAAGGAGAUUGUGUUGCUAUUUCCCCCCCCUUGGAGAAAAAAAAAAGGGAGAGUAAAAGAGAGGGCAAAAGAGAAGAACUCAUCUGACCGAGGGAGGAUUUCCAUUUCGCAGCUGCUGCAUUCGGACCGAGCUCUCUCCUCUCCUCGGUCUUGCCCCCCUCCCUCUCCCUUUCUCUCUGUGUGUAUGUGUAUAUGUGUGUGUAUGUAUGCACACAUCGAGGGCAUUGCAAGACUUUUAGACACCAGAUCUGAAAAACGCCGCCUCCGCCGCAGCGACAGGAAGAAGGGGGGAAAAAUCUCCACCAUCAUCACCAUCACCAUCAGUACCAACAAAUAAACGAUCCGAAGGGAAAAGAGGAAGAGGAGAGGCAGAGUGAGAAAGAGGGUCGCUCGUCAAUGUGAUCCUUUUUUUUUUUUUUCUUAAAGACAACUUUGGCUGCGUGACGCGUCAAGGGAGCUGCAAGGGCUAAGAGGACAGGGUGCCCGGCGCCUCCCUAUAAAGCGGAGCCCAGCGAGUCACGACUCGGCAGCAGCACUGGCUGCCUCGAGGAGAAACUGUGUUUUCUUUUGCUGGGAGGGCGCUCAGGUGUGUGUCCUGGGGACCCGCUACAGUAGCACGGAGACGGUGCUAGAACAUUUUAUGCCUUCCUUCUUUUCCAAGUUAAAUUAAGCCCUCUCACCUCACCUUGGCGACUUCGGACUAAAAUAUAUUUUUCUUUUUCUUUAUUUUUUAAAAUUUUAUUUUUUUGUUUUUGUUUUUAAGCGAGGACUGCGGGGGUGGCAAAUCCUAAGAGAAAUGAAGAGAAAGCUGCAGAUUUCGAUGUGUUCUGAGGGACCCAGUUGGAUGUGACCCCCGUUGCUUGCCCUCUUCUCCUCCCCUUACCACCCCCUCCAGUCCCGGGGCUGCUCCGGCCGCUGCUCCCCUCCCCGAAACCCCAGCCCGGUUCUCCUCUUUUCGCUUCCCUUCCCCCCUUUUCCCCGUGAUCUGUUGCCUUCCCUCCAUCUCACCCCCUCCCCCUUUCCCUCCCCGCCCCGGGUUCCUCCCGUGCGCGCUUUCCUUCGCUUCGCUUCUCCCCACGUCCUCCUCCCCUUCCUCCCCAAGCAAAGAACUGCCGCCGAGGCUACAUACUCCCUACCCCCCACCCCAACCAGCCUUCCCCUUCCCCCCAACCCCCCAUCCCAGACCUCCACUCCGGGCGCUUAGCAGUCAGCGCGGGGAGGAGGACCAGAGCUUUGGGGGGCGGGGGAGGGCGCGCGUUGUAUCCCCGGCUCCCUUUCUGCGCCCUCCUUGCGCACCAUGGACGGGCUGCCCGGGAGGGCGCUGGGAGCCGCCUGCCUUCUGCUUCUGGUAGCUGGCUGGCUGGGUCCAGAGGCCUGGGGCUCGCCGACACCUCUGCCUUCCCCGGCCGCCCCGCCGGGAGCCGAGGGCGCCCCCCCAGACACUUGCACGUCGUGUGGCUUCAGGCGCCCCGAGGAGCCGGGCAAAGUGGACGGCGACUUCUUGGAGGCGGUGAAGCGGCACAUUCUCAGCCGGCUGCAGAUGCGGGGCCGCCCCAACAUCACCCACGCGGUGCCCAAGGCCGCCAUGGUGACCGCCCUGCGCAAGCUGCAUGCGGGAAAGGUGCGGGAAGACGGCCGAAUGGAGAUCCCGCACCUCGACGGGCAUGCCAGCUCGGGCUCAGACGGCCAGGAACAGGUGUCAGAGAUCAUCAGCUUCGCCGAGACAGAUGACCUUGCCUCCUCCAGGGUCCGCCUGUAUUUCUUUAUCUCCAACGAGGGCAACCAGAAUCUGUUUGUGGUGCAGGCCAGCCUGUGGUUAUACUUGAAAUUGCUCCCUUAUGUCCUUGAGAAAGGCACCCGGCGGAAAGUCCGGGUCAAAGUGUACUUCCAGGACCUGGACCGCAGUGACAAGUGGAAUGUGGUGGAGAAGAAGGUAGACCUCAAGAGAAGUGGCUGGCACACUUUCCCCCUGACGGAGGCAAUUCAGGCCCUGUUUGAGAAAGGGGAGAGGAGGCUCAACUUGGAACUCCAGUGUGAGGGCUGUGAAGAGCUGGCUGUGGUACCUGUCUUUGUGGACCCUGGGGAAGAAUCUCAUCGACCCUUCUUGGUAGUGCAGGCCCGACUGGCGGACAACAAGCAUCGGAUCCGGAAAAGGGGGCUGGAGUGUGACGGCAGGACCAAUCUCUGUUGCAGGCAACAGUUUUUUAUUGACUUCCGACUCAUUGGGUGGAAUGACUGGAUCAUUGCGCCCACGGGUUACUAUGGGAAUUACUGUGAAGGGAGCUGCCCGGCCUACUUGGCCGGAGUCCCAGGGUCAGCUUCCUCUUUUCACACCGCGGUGGUGAAUCAGUACCGAAUGCGAGGGCUGAACCCGGGGACCGUGAACUCCUGUUGCAUUCCAACCAAACUCAGCACAAUGUCAAUGCUGUACUUUGACGAUGAAUACAACAUUGUGAAGAGGGACGUUCCCAAUAUGAUUGUGGAAGAAUGUGGCUGUGCUUGAUUUAAGGGGUGGGGAAGC